AAACGAAUUAUUUCGCCCAAUAAUAAACGAUACUACGUACAGGAAACAUCUUUCUUUUUCUCUUUCUCCUCUUCUCGAUCCCUUCUGCAGAAACCCACAAAGCCAGUGAGGAGAAGAAGACAACAGUUUUCACACACAGACAUAGAGAGAGGACCAAAGAGAGAUCCACAGCUCAUCGAUGAUUUAUCCACUGGACAAACCCUGAGAUUCGUAAAACACUCGAAGGCCCUCUUUCAAAUCUCUGAAACAGGAGUGUGUUGAAUACGGAGGUGGAGUAGAAUGUUUGUAAUUUGUUCACUGGUGUUUGUAUUGGGAGUUUGAAGGAGAGUUGUAGGUAGAGAUGGCAGAUAUGGCUGAUGCAGCACUCCUUAUUGAAGCCUCAGGAUCCAGGUUUAGUGAUCUGGAACUCAUUGGGAGAGGUUCGUUUGGUGAUGUCUAUAAAGGGUUUGACAAGGAGCUGGGCAAACUGGUUGCCAUUAAGGUCAUUGAUUUAGAAGAAUCAGAGGAUGAAAUCGAGGAUAUUCAAAAGGAAAUUGCUGUCCUCCAACAAUGCCGAUCUCCUUAUAUUACGGAGUAUUAUGGGUCUUAUCUGCACCAAACUAAGCUAUGGAUAAUUAUGGAGUACAUGGCUGGUGGCUCCGUUGCUGAUAUAAUUCAACCAAAUCUACCAUUGGAUGAAAUGUCCAUUGCUUGCAUUUUACGUGAUUUACUCCAUGCUAUUGAUUAUCUACAUACUGAAGGCAAAAUUCAUCGAGAUAUUAAAGCGGCAAAUAUCUUGUUAUCAGAGAACGGGGAUGUGAAGGUUGCAGAUUUUGGUGUUUCUGCUCAAUUGACAAGGACAAUUUCAAGAAGGAAGACAUUUGUAGGAACACCAUUCUGGAUGGCACCAGAAGUAAUUCAGAAUUCAGACGGAUAUAAUGAGAAGGCGGAUAUUUGGUCUCUGGGUAUAACAGGUAUUGAGAUGGCAAAAGGUGAACCUCCACUAGCUGAUCUCCACCCAAUGCGAGUUCUUUUCAUCAUACCUCGAGAAAAUCCACCACAGCUAGAUGAACACUUUUCUCGUCCUAUAAAAGAAUUCAUUUCAUCAUGUUUAAAGAAAAACCCUGCUGAGAGGCUAAGUGCAAAGGAACUUCUAAAGCAUCGUUUUAUCAGGAGUGCAAAGAAGAGCCCAAGACUUUUGGAGCGAAUCAGGGAACGCCCUAAGUUUCAGCCAAAGGAUGACACAGUAACCCCUAGAAGCGGUGUAAAGCCAUUAGGGGAAGCAUCUGGCACUGUUAAGGUGACUAGAGAUUCUGGAAUAGAUGAUACUGUUCGAGUGAGUCAAGGGAAAACCCAGAAAAAUGCUGGAUGGGACUUCGGCACUGAAGGAUCUAAUACCGGAACUGUGCGAAGUGUUGUAAGACCUCCCCAAGCUAGAGAUAGGAAACCAGACAUUCCAUUAAACCAAGCUGCCUCAAGAAAAAAUCUGGAUAAUCGUAACCAGUGGUCUUCUGCUUCUGGAACUGUCACUUAUAAUUCAAUAUCAGAGAUGUCCAGUGGGAAAGAUCCUGGAGAUGCUUACAUUCAUGAGAAACAAGAUUCCUUCUCGGAAGAUGAAGAUUUGUCUGCGAGUGGGACAGGAACUGUAGUCUUUAGAACCCCAAGAGCAGUUCAGUCUUCUUUAGUUAGUGAGCGAAGCAAUCUGUCUAGCAGCUCAUUUGCUGCGGUUGAAGAUGCUUCUACUAGUGGCACUGUAGUAUAUCGUGGACGAAAUGAUGAUACAGAUUCUCCUCGAACUCCUAGAUCUCGGCUGGGAAUUCAAGAGAGAUCUUCAAGCACAUCAUUAGAGGACAGUGAAACAAACCUUGUGGAGGCAAGGGCUUCAAUGCAAGCAGCCAUAAAGAAAGUAAAUGUUCGAGAAAGGUCAAUGUUGGGCAAGGCCAACAGAGAUGGGAAAGAAAAUAGUAGAACAGAUCAAUCAACAGUGACCACUGAUCCUUCGAGAUAUUCCCGUGAUUACUUUGAUGCACAGAAAGCAUUUUUAAGACCUCACCGUACUAGUGAUGCAGAUGAUGCUGCUAGGAUGCCUGCAACGCAUUCUUCAGCCACGUUAUCUACUCUUCUCGUACCUUCACUAAGAGAGGCUGUAGCUGGGGAUGGAGAAGGAUCAUAUGCGCAGACAAUGGCAAGCACUUUUCUAGAGAUGGAGCGUAUAAAGCCUGGAUCUUGUGAUAUAUUUGUCACCAGGCUACUUCAGCGAUUGGCAAGUUCGAGGGAAUCUUCUUUGAAAGAUCUGCAAGAACUGGCAGGCCGAAUCCUUACAAAAGGCAAGACAGAGAGUUCAAGCACAGAAACUGAUAGCAAGAAAAAACAGCAGAGCAAGGAGCUCCAAUCAAAUGCCAAUAUGAGCUCACUGGCGAGGUUCUUACUCUCAAGAUGGCAAGGACAAGCAUCCCGAGACCUAAAUUCUUGAAUCUUGUAAUGCGAGAAUGCCUUUUGAUUUUGGUUGCUUUUAAUUAAUUUCGAUUAAAUGUACAUAUCAUUCUAAGAAACCCUGUUUUUAUAUAUUCUAAUUCAUUUUUAUAUUUUUGUAUUUUUUUUCUGGUUGAAGAGAUACCCUUUCCGAGUUGUGUUACC